AUGGAAGACGCGCCCGAGCAGUACGACCCAAGUCGAGAGUAUCCCGGUCGAAUCUAUUGCAUUUGCAAUGACACGGUUGGUGGCACCAUGGUUCUAUGUGAGAACCACAGAGACAACGACUGCAAGGGAAAGUGGUUCCAUCUCAGAUGCGCUGGCCUGCACAGAAGCCCGGCGAAAAAUGUGCGCUGGUACUGUAUGGACUGUCGCAAGAAACUUGGUCGCGGCCUUCUCCACAACGGAGUCGUUAGAUGA